AUGGCUAUCUCCAGGCUGUGGCGGAGCACCUGCCUGCCCUUCGUGGGCAUCAUGAUCCUCGCGGCUGUGGUCCUCUCUCUGAUGCUCUACGCACUCCUCUGGAAGGCUGGCAACCUCGCCGACCUGCCUAACCUGAGAAUCGGCUUCUACAACUUCUGUCUGUGGAAGGAGGACACUGGCUCCCUACAGUGUUACAACUUUCCUGAGCUGGAAGCGCUGGGGGUUCCUCAGGUUGGCCUAGCCCUGGCCAGGCUCGGUGUGUACGGAGCCCUGGUCCUCAUGAUCUUUGUCCCUCUGCCUCUCCUCCUUGCCCAGUGCAACUGCGAUGAAGGAGAGUGGCAGCUGGCAGUGGGCUUCCUGGUGGCAUCCUCCGUCCUGCUGGCCAGUGGACUAAGCCUCUUCCUCUCCUACGUGUGGAAGUGGGUCAGGCUCGCCUUGCUGGGGCCCGGCUUUCUAGCCCUGUGCUUAGCCCAGGCCUUGCUCAUCUUCCUGCUUAUGGCCACAGUUAUGCUCCCUCCACGGGAAAAGAAGGACAAGAGCAAGUGGGAGAGCUGUUAGUCCAGCCUAAAGGCUCAUGGGAUUACAAGGGUUCGACUCCAACUGCACACCAAGGAGGUGCCAGAGAACCUGUGGCUGGGUGGGUCCUCUCUACCACCUCGUUUCAUAGCUAAUGCUGAUCUCAAGCUCAGGCAGAUGGAACCACCCACAGAACGGUAGGGCUGCUGUAGUGUCAAGGAGCCCGGAGGCAGCAUAGAUGGCUGGGGUACUUGCUGCUUCUUAGCAUCCUUCCUUUCUCUGGAGGACUCGGAAACCAUGCAGCUCAUUAGCACCAGGACCCAUGCUUUCAACAGCCAAUCGGAACAGCUCUCACUCUAGGCUUGGGCAGGCGGGAGCCUGAUUGUCAGAGAGGCCAGACUUCCAGGCUGACUGGCAAAAAGUGGCCAACAAGAACUCGGUGAGGGUUUACGGCAACAAACGGGAUGGUCGGAAGAAACCGCGUUAACGUCAAGCCCUGUUAGCCAGCUUCUGUUCCUCUAGCGUGAUGCGCCACACCAGAACUCCAGCCCCAGAGUUCCAGGAACAACCUCAAAGGGACUCAGCUGAGAAACACAGGGCACAAGAGAAUCCUUGCUAACUUCGUGGGGUCCCCUGAAGAGGCCCCUGGACCUGACGCCGGACAGGAGUCAGCUGUUGAACCAUUGUUGUGACCCAGGACUGCAGAUGCAGGAUGUGUCAAAGCCCUGACUGAAUCAUUGCACACCAACAUACACCGCAUCCCCUCACCUGCAGAAGGCAGAAGUGCGGUCCUUAUUACGCACAGGGGCAUCAUUAUCUAGUUUUCAGUGUCUGCAUAGCACAAAACCUAUGAGUUCUUCAUUCUGUGCUCAUCAAAAGCCACCGUGAAUACAAAGAAACAUGGA